AUGGCCAUGCCACGAUCUACUAUCCGGACUACCGCUGCAACGUUGGUACAGCUAGCCCAGAGGAGCUCUCACACAUUCGGACGUUGCGGCCGGCCCCAACAGCGAGGGAUCGCCACGCGUCAAACCCGGCACCAGCUCAACACGGGUGCCAGCAUUCCUGCCAUCGGCUUCGGGACUUUCCAGGACCCAGAUGCACAGGAGGACGCGGUGUCCCUCGUGAGGAGAUCUUCCUCGGCACAAAGCUGUGGUUGCAACAAUUACCAUCCCGACGACGUUGAGAAAGCACUCGAUGAAUCUCUGGUAGACAUAUAUACUCCGUAUGUUGACCUUUUGAUGAUGCAUUAUCCCUGCACUUUUGCUAGAGGUGAAGACCGCUUCCCUCGAGAUAGCAAUGGGAAAAUGAUUUUGGGACAGACCACAUUUGUCGAUACUUGGAAGGCAAUGGAAAAGCUUAUCAAGACAGGGAAAGUAAAGGCGAUUGGGGUGUCCAACUUUAGUAAAGGAGAGUUGGAAACCUUGAUCCAGGAGAGUGAAACGGUACCCGCCGUUCACCAGAUGGAGGUGCAUACUUACCCGCAGCAGAAGUCUUUCAACCAGUGGCUUCGAUCCAAGGGCAUCCAUGUAAUCCAAUUCAGCCCUCUUGGAAGCAUGAACGACUUCUAUCGGAGCACAGGACGGAGCAAGGAGAUAUCAUACAUGAUGAGAGUGGUUGACCAGCCGCUAUUGAAGGAACUCGGUCGCAAGUACGGCAAGAGCGCUGUUCAGAUUGUGUUGGCUUGGGGCGCCAACAACGGACGAUCCGUCAUUCCUAAGAGUACCAUCGACUGGCAGAUACAAGAAAACGUCGAGGCAGACUUCGAAUUGGAGGCCGAGGAUAUCAAGGCCAUCGAAACAUUGGACAUCAAGGCCCGUUUUAACGACCUUAGUUUGGAUUAUCAGUGGAGGCUCUACAGCGACCUGGACGGCAUAGAGGGCACUGUCGAGGGUAGAAGACACUGA